AUGUCAGAUAUACCAAAGGUUGAUGUCCAUCACCACAUCGUCCCCAAAGAGGUAGCGGGCGUAGGACAUGGCUUAAAGGGCAUGAAACCUCCCCAUUGGGAUUAUCCCAGUGACAAGGUGUUCAGCGAAUCCAUCGGCGUUCGCACUCGUAUCUUCUCGGUCAGCACGCCCGGCGUGAUGCACAUUUCUGAUCCGGAAGAGAGCGCAGCAGCUGCGCGUUCCAUGAACGAGUACUGUGCUUCUUUGCGUGACAAAGACCCUGAAUCAUGUGGCUUUUUUGCAACUGUCCCCUCCCUUGAGCAUAUCGAUCUUGUGCUCCGUGAGAUUCGCUAUGCCUUUGACACACUCCAUGCCGACGGUGUGACAUUGUUUACUCGCUACGGAAAGGGAGAUGGAUACCUGGGACAUGCUGAUUACGUGCCUGUGUGGGAGGAGCUCAAUGCCCGCAAAGCGGUUGUAUUUGUCCAUCCACUGAACAAUAAAAACGGAGAGCUUUUCCACGAAAAGCUUCCCAUGCCUGCCUUCGAUUGGCCCCACGAAACGGGACGUACGGCCAUGGACAUGAUUCUCAACAGGCGCAUGCAUCAAUUUCCCAAUGUCAAGAUUAUCCUGUCACAUGCUGGCGGUACGCUGCCACUGCUGGCCAGACGUGCGACUAUGAUUUCCCUGCCUGAAUUUGGAGGUUCGAUGGCCGCUGAAGACAUCCUGGGCCAGGCAAAGAAAUUUUACUUUGACCUUGCACUUUCUGGGAGCCCAGAGAUCCUUCCACUGAUUUUGGGAUUUGCGGAAAAGGGACAUGUCUUGUUUGGUAGCGACUAUCCGCAUGCGACAGUUCCAUUUAGCAAAAGCUUUACCAAGUUCCUUGACGAAUAUCCACUGGACGAAAACACGAGGAAGGAGGUUUAUUACGGAGCUGCGGAGAAACUAUUUCCUCGCCUGAAAGGAUUUUAUGGGGCUUAA